GUCGUCAAACCCUAGGCUAUUGAUUUUGGGGAAGUGUUUUACGCUACCCUACCCAGAGAGUAGAAGAAAAAAAAACUACCAGUUUUCUACGCUCGCACUAUCAAUAUUGGAUAUUGGACUAAUUACUCAGCAAGAACUUUGUACUGUGAAGUUUGGACAGCCAGUCGACCUUGUCCCUUUCCUGAAAAUAAUGGACUAUGACCAGUGUAGUUUUACACCUGAUAGCUGGAUCGGAAGGUGGGAAACGGGUGAAACUGGAUGGCAUAUUAAUUUUGUUCAUCGAAGCUUAACAACUUUCUGGAAUGAAUUAUGCCAAAACGAUACUCCUGCCAAUCAGCUGUUUAUUCCACUCUGUGGAAAAUCUGUGGAUAUGGAAUGGCUUUAUCAAAAUAAAUUGUGUCAAAUCAUAGGCUGCGAUCUAGCUGAAGUUCCUUUACGACAGUUUGUUGAUGAGCAUAAAUCGUUGGGCAUGAAGGAGCGUUCGGUUAUUUUUAAAAAUGGUGAAAAAGUUCGGAUGUUCCACACUAGUGAUAAUCGUCUUCGGUUAUAUUGUUGCAAUUUGUUUUCAAUGGAUAGCGCUCCUGAAGAACUGUACAAUAUGAUAUGGGAUCGAGGAUCAUUCGUAGCUCUUCCUCCAAAUUUAAGAACUGAUUAUGUGACUUUACUCACAAAGUUAUCAACUGCAGACGUUCGGUGGUUACAGGAAACUUUGAAUUAUCCACCUGGUGUUCACAAAACUGCACCAUGUAGUUCAACGGAUGAAGAGAUGAAAUCAUUAUAUGAUAAAGACUAUUAUAUGAAAACCUUGAGAUAUGAAGAUAUUAAAUUCCAUCUGUUUCCAAAUGCCGAGUAUUGUUAUGUGCGUUGUUGCUUCUUACUAAAAGAUAAUCUUUUUAUUAACUUGCUAACUAUCAAUAUCCUAAUGAUUAUGCAGCUAAUAUUUAUUAUAUCUGUCAACCAAUGAAACAGUUAUUCUAACUAAUCUGGAGACGUUUUAAUUGUUCACGUCUGUGGAAGGUGAUAUUUGAAGCAUUCAGCAAUUUGUUGCUUAUCUUUAUUUAGUCUAUGAAUACUUUUCAACUGGUUCGAUUAACACUCAUCUUAAGGGUAUUUUUGAUUUUGUAUUUUAGAAUUAAAUAAAAAUCUGUUCACAAUUGUA